GGUAUCGUAUCUAUCCAGACUACAGUACAAUAGCAUUGGGCUAGGCGUGUCCACUCAUCCAACGGACUUCCCCUUCUGUCAAAAGACGCUUAUUGCUUUGACUCUGUAAAGUAGGAGUGGCGUUCUACCUAUAAAUGCUGUAGCUGACGCUUGAGGUCUCCAGCCCGGAUAUCGAAUCCAAGCUAAGAGAUCUGCGAAGCGGCUAUCGAAGGUAGAAACCCUAUUCCAGACUGCGCCAAACCAGAUUUCGGCAAGCAUCUGAAAGUCACCAAGACGCGACCAUGUCGAUGACCGUGAAAGCCUACUUGUUGGGCAAAGAGGACUGUCAUAAAGAGAUUCGACGCUUUGCCAUUGACCAGGACGUGUCUACGAGUUUUGAGUAUUUGAAAGGAAAGGUUGUCGAUGUUUUCGGCAAUCUGCGCAAUGUCCCCUUCCAAAUGUUCUACAAAGAUGAGGACGGUGACACGAUUGCUUUUUCUUCUGAUGAUGAACUCAUCAUGGGGCUUACAGGAGUGAAGAACGGGACUUUCCGUCUCUUCAUCAAGGAGAGGAGAGAGCACAAGAAAGACAGGGAGUUUCCUCAUCAUGUCUUCCCAGGAUUCCCUUUCCCCCCUCCUCCCGGAGCCCCCCACAUGCCCCCUGGACCCCCUCAUGAGGGUCCCCCCGGACCCCCCCAUGCUGGUCCUCCUGGACCCCCCCACAUGCCUCCCGGACCACCUCACGGUGGCCCUCAUCACCCUCACAUGUUGCACCCUGGGGUGACCUGUGACGGAUGUGAUGGUCCAGUGGUCGGGACCCGCUUUAAGUGCACGGUCUGCCCUGACUAUGAUCUGUGCCCCUCCUGCCAGGCCAAGGGCCUCCACAAGGAGCACCCCCUGCUUCCCAUCUGGCACCCACUGAACAACAUGUUUGAGUGGUUCCCUCGUGGGAAGUGGAUGAGAAAGAUGAGGCACUGUAUGUGGGCUGGAGCUCAGGCUCAGGCUCAGGCUCAAUCCCAGAAUCAGGACCAGAACCAGCAGGGUCCAUGUGGAUCCAGGCCUGCCUCUCAGCAAGCCCCUGAGGCUGCAGCUGAGGACCCCACUCAGGCAGAAGGUACCUCAAAUGCCACCCAGGCCAAUGUGGAAUACCUGAAGAGCAUCGGAGAAGGAGUAGCUGCCAUGCUUAGUCCCCUGGGCAUAGAUGUUGACAUUGACGUGGAGCACGAGGGGAGUAGGUCCAAAGUGAACCCCACACCGCCUCCGUCCGGGGGUCCUUCCAGCAACCAGAGCGACGGCAGCUCGGGGGCAAGUGGGAAGCCAGUGGGAAGGGGAACGGGAGGAGGGCCGGGCAGCCACAGCAGUGUCAGCAGCACCAGUGAGGGGGCAAAGGCUCAGAAGGAGCAGGGCAGCGAUGAGGAGUGGACCCACCUGAGCUCCAAAGAGGUGGACCCAUCUACCGGGGAACUCCAGUCCCUGCGCCUGGGCGAGGAGACAGAGGAAGGGCCAGAGGAACCUCGGCCGCUCAGCACCAGCUCCUCUUCGUCCCAGGGGCCGACAGGCCUGCGUGAAGCUGCCCUCUACCCACACCUACCACAAGACGCCGACCCGCGGCUGGUGGAGUCCCUGUCCCAGAUGCUCUCAAUGGGCUUCACAGACGACGGCGGCUGGCUGACCAGGCUCCUCACCACCAAGAACUUCGACAUCGGAGUGGCCCUGGACACCAUCCAUUACUCCAAGGGUCCCCCGAAGUAGAAGCAGAAACACAGCGGGGCACAGCAGAGACGACCAUGGUCACGUCUACAGCUCCAGUUAACCCAGACCUUGAGCAUUACUCAACUACUCUACCCACUCUGCCUUCCCUUGUAGAUGUAGCCAUUUCCUGUCAUAUUACUGGCAGUAUGAGCAACUCAGGCAAAUCAAGCAAUCAUUAACUUUGAUACAAAUUAAACAGCUUUUGCUUUCAUAAGAUUUUGAAUGAAGAUAUAUUCUUCUAUCUGAGACGGUUGUCAUUGACUAUGAGUACUACAUGUUACUAACAUUACUGGUGUGCAGGUUAUUCAUAUAAUGGAAUUUAUACAGUUUUACUCACUGCCGAUACAACAGAUAUAUUUUACCAAUCAGAUGUAAGCAAAUUAGUGGUUAAUGCACUUAUUCGUACAAAAUGUAUGACAUUUGUUAUUGGUUUGUUCUGACCCUGUGUUUAUAUUGUCAGUCAAAAUGAAUGGAUUCAUGUCUAUGUUUUCUUAAAUCGAAUGAAAACUAGGUUAUCAUUGGUGUCCUCUGUUACCAUGACGUUUUUGCCCUGUCUGACCAAAAUAAAAUUCUUCUGCAAAAUCAAAAAA